UGCCUGAAGAGCAGCUGCACAACAUCGAUGAGUAUGAUCUCAAUGUCGUCCGCCUCUGCUUCCAAGCUUUUCUUCCCGACGAACACGGCAACUACACGUUAGCUCUUCCUCCUCUGAUUUCCAACCCAAUCUAUGACAAUAGAGCUCCCAACACUGCUGAAUUGAGGAUUUGUCGUGUGAACAAGAACUGUGGAAGUGUAAAAGGAGGAGAUGAAAUAUUUCUACUGUGUGACAAAGUUCAGAAAGAUGAUAUAGAAGUCAGAUUUGUAUUGGACAACUGGGAGGCCAAAGGUUCCUUCUCUCAAGCCGAUGUUCACCGUCAAGUGGCCAUUGUGUUCAGAACUCCUCCGUUCCUCAAGGACAUCACCGAGCCCGUCACAGUGAAGAUGCAGCUGCGAAGGCCUUCUGACCAGGAAGUCUCUGAACCUAUGGAUUUCAGAUACCUACCAGAUGAGAAGGAUCCAUAUGGCAACAAAGCAAAAAGGCAGAGAUCAACAUUGGCUUGGCAAAAGCUCAUACAGGACCAUGGAUCAAACACAACGGAAAGGCCCAAAGUAGCUCCAUUUGCUGAAGGGAAGCAGAUUAAGAAAGGUAGGAGUUUGUCUGCNNNNUCACUGAUGAUGCCAGGGUUGGGAACACUGGCCAGCACUAGUCAGAUCUACCACACGUGCAGCCAGCUUGCCCACCCACCUGCACAGGUGGGCCCAGGGAAGCAGGAUGUGCUGUCCUCGUGCUGGCUGCAGAGCACCACCCCCUCGUCCAGCAGUCUGCUUGGAGCACACCCACAGAACAGCUUCACCACAGAUGUGCCUCAGCCAGCUGCUCCGGGUAGCAGCUCUCUCCCAGCCUUCCAUGACAGCCCUCUGAACUGGCCUGAUGAGAAGGAUUCUGGCUUCUACCGGAAUUUCAGCAGCACCAACGGGCUGGGAGCAGUGGUGGUGUCGAGCGCAGACCUGCAGAGCGUGUCCAGCAUCAGCAGUGUGCACGUGGCUCAUCCUGCCGGUGGCUCCAGCAGCGUCAGCAUGGACACCGACGACAUGAAUUGCACCAGCAUCAGCUUCGACAAGUACAACCCUGUGCUCAGCACAGGCACUCACAGGCAGCAGCUGCAGCUGCCCCCCGGGGCCGCGGCCACGACCUUAGCUGAUCCUGUUUACGGCUUUAUAGACCAAGAGGUUCUGAGUGAACCAAGACUCUCCGCCAACCACCAGAAUAGCAUGGCAGACAGCCAGUACUAUAACACUGAUAGCCACACUGAUGAGCUCUAUCAGUCCUUCCCCUUUGAUAACAUAUUGCAAAGCUAUAACCCUUGA